AUGUCUCGAAGUAGACGGACACUUUUGUCCAUCUUUGUGUUUUUAUCUUUCAAUGAUGGCUUUGUUUUGUGUCAAAUUAGAUCAGGAACAUUGCCCAGUUCUCCUGAAAAUCACCAGAAUUUUAAUAGUCAUGCAGUUCAACCGGGUAAUUUAAAACCUGAUUUUUUAUCAGCUGCCCAAAGACUACUCGCAGGAGCCCAGCGGCCGACACUAAAUGAUUUCAGCACACAGCCUUUUAUCACCAAACCUCCGGUAGUCACAAUCGAACCCUCUUAUCAGCAAAUACCAGUCAAUGUCAAUCCUGCACCAAAUUUACCUAUUCAGUUUACAUCAACAACUUGUAAUACGGACUCUUCAGUUAUCUCUUCACCUGAAACUUUAACCGUAGAAACAGUGGAACCUACACCAUCAAUUACAGUAUCAUCAGUAGCUCCAUCAACUCUGGACUAUCCAAUUGCAGUCGAUCAGAACUAUGUACCACUGAAUCAGAUGUCACUCGGUCAAAUAUCACAAACAUUCUCUAUGCCAGAAACCUUACGUGUUGAUAAUUUUGUACAACAGCCACAGUUACCACAAAUUUACCAGCCACCAGGAAGAGUACAGGCAACACCAAUUCCAGUGGUAACACCAUUCGCAAGUUAUGCAAAUUCAGUUUCUAGUGUCUUUCCUCAAAAUGUUUUUAUGGGAGCCAGCGAUUUACUACCGACACUAUACCCAGAAACUAUUGAUAGUCAGCAAACACCAGCUUAUGUACAAACAGAAACUGCCCCAGUAAGUUAUGCGUCAAAUGUAGAUUGUGGAUCAGGGUAUACCGUGCCACUGAGUUUACAAAUUAAUAUGCCAUCACCAACGUCUGAACAACCUAUCAUCUUUUUAUCGCCUCCUACUCCAGCUACUGUUCAUCAAGAUACAUCUUAUAUAUCACCUUUGCCUCCCAUGGUUCCUCCGUUAAUAGUGAUGGAAAGUUCAAGAUCCAAAUGGAGAAACAUUCUUCCUUUAUUAUUAAUUGCGUUGUGUGAUGGUGGAAGCUGCAAGAAUUCAGGCAGUAGUGGAUGUUCAGGGAGCUGUAAUAUACCCAUUCCGUAUCCUAUACCAAUCCCUACAAAUAACCCCAUAAUUCUUAGCCGAGUAAUGGACGAUAGGAAAAAGAGGGCCAACAAGAGGCAGCAGGAGCUGCUGGUUGAGCGCCUCCAUAACAACCUAGAAGUGGCGAGAGGCAAUCAGGCAGAUUCAAGUACUAUGGAAUUUUAG